CACACAUAAGACAAGGAAAAGCAUAAUCUAGAGGAUGGACCAGCAGGCCAAACACUCCAAACCAGCAGAUAUACUAGAUUUAUCUGUUCUGCCAUCUGCUGAUGACUCCAGGAUUGAUUUUAGUCAUGAAAACCAUUUAAGGUCUCAAAUCCGGAAGCAGGAAAACAAAGGAGCAGUUAAGUCUGAAGAGGAAUGGAAGAUUCGAGGUGAGCUUGAAAGUGACAUUGAAAGAGAUUUGGAGGAAGAGAUUAAAGACGGGAUAUACCAUCUGGCACUCAGAUUGCACCGGCUUUACCAGCACAGAAAGGAAAGGAAUGCUAAGGACACAUCAGAAUCAUGUGAUACCAAGGAGAAAACAUUUUCUGAGGUGAAUAUAAGUAUAAAAAUGGAGGGUGGUACCAAAAUUGAGAUAAAAGAGACAAAGAAAGAAUCUCCUGAUCAUCAAAAGGGUCUGCCUCUGCCACUCCGGAGUUCUAGAUCAAACAAUGUGCAAGGCAUGCUUGGCUCUAAUGGUAAGAAGUUUGAUUGGGCUAAGAGUCUGAGAGCAGGGGCAAGCCCUGCUAUUAUUAAUAGGAAAAUUGGAAGAUCAGAUCAAGCUAAGGUACCAAGCAAUGACAGGGGGUUUUGCAUGAACCAUAACCUUGAAAAUACGAGGAAUCUGGUCAGUGCCUCAGGGCAGAGAAAAGGAAAUAUUGGUCUCGAUAACAAGGUUCUUGAGCUGGGAUGGAAAUGGUAAUUAAGAUUGAUUUUGGCAUGAUGCAAUUAAUUAAAACAUGGUUUGAGUUUGUUGAUUUGUUCAAGUGUGUGAGCAUAAUAUCCAACAAUCCAAUAAACGGGGUAUAUAGUUUUCCAAGGAUGGUUGUAAAAUGUUUGUCUAUGAUUAUAAUUGGCAUCUGCUCUUGUUUCCUA